CGGCGGGGCUGCGGCACGGGCCGGGCGGCACCAUGGCGGCGGCGGCGCUUGGUGCUGCGGCGGCUUCUUCCCAGGCGCCGGCGGCCACGGCGACGGCAGAGCCCGGGGCCGGCGACGAGGACAGUCGCGAGGUCCGAGUGCUGCAGAGCCUGCGGGGCAAGAUAUGUGAAGCGAAAAAUUUAUUGCCAUAUCUUGGACCCAACAAAAUGAGAGAUUGUUUCUGCACUAUAAAUUUGGAUCAGGAAGAAGUUUAUCGUACCCAAGUUGUUGAAAAAUCUUUAAGCCCAUUUUUCAGUGAAGAAUUUUACUUUGAGAUUCCAAGAACUUUCCAGUAUUUGUCUUUCUAUGUUUAUGAUAAGAAUGUUUUACAAAGAGACCUUCGUAUAGGAAAAGUAGCCAUCAAAAAAGAAGACUUGUGUAACCACAGUGGCAAAGAAACUUGGUUUUCACUACAGCCUGUGGACUCCAAUUCAGAGGUUCAGGGUAAAGUUCACCUUGAAUUAAAACUGAAUGAACUGAUAACAGAGAAUGGAACUGUUUGCCAGCAGCUUGUUGUACACAUCAAGGCAUGCCAUGGGUUGCCUCUCAUAAAUGGACAAAGCUGUGACCCUUAUGCAACAGUUUCUCUAGUGGGCCCUUCUAGGAAUGACCAAAAGAAGACAAAAGUAAAGAAGAAAACAAGCAAUCCGCAGUUUAAUGAAAUCUUUUAUUUUGAGGUAACCAGAUCCAGUAGUUACACCAGAAAGUCACAGUUCCAGGUAGAAGAGGAGGACAUUGAAAAGCUAGAAAUUAGGAUCGACUUGUGGAACAAUGGAAACCUGGUCCAAGAUGUUUUCUUAGGUGAGAUUAAGGUUCCUGUGAAUGUGUUAAGAAAUGAUUCUUCUCAUCAAGCCUGGUACUUGCUACAACCAAGAGACAAUGGAAACAAGUCAUCUAAAACUGAUGACCUGGGGUCUCUUCGAUUAAAUAUAUGUUAUACAGAAGACUAUGUGCUUCCUUCAGAGUAUUAUGGUCCUUUGAAAACUUUGCUGCUAAAAUCACCAGAUGUUCAGCCGAUAUCUGCCUCAGCUGCUUACAUUCUGGGUGAAAUAUGUCGAGAUAAGAAUGAUGCUGUUUUGCCCCUUGUACGACUGCUGCUGCACCAUGACAGACUUGUUCCUUUUGCCACUGCGGUGGCUGAGUUGGACUUGAAGGAUACACAAGAUGCAAACACAAUUUUUAGAGGAAACUCCUUGGCUACCCGAUGUCUGGAUGAGAUGAUGAAAAUAGUGGGAGGGCACUACCUGAAAGUAACAUUAAAACCUAUUUUAGAUGAGAUAUGUGAAUCCUCAAAAUCCUGUGAAAUUGAUCCUAUUAAAUUGAAAGAGGGAGAUAAUGUAGAAAAUAACAAGGAGAAUCUACGCUACUAUGUAGACAAGUUAUUCAGCACAAUUGUAAAGUCAAGUAUGAGCUGCCCCACUGUAAUGUGCGAUAUCUUUUAUUCUCUAAGACAAAUGGCUACUCAGAGAUUUCCUAAUGACCCUCAUGUUCAGUAUUCUGCCGUGAGCAGCUUUGUAUUUCUUCGUUUCUUUGCUGUAGCCGUAGUAUCACCUCAUACUUUUCAUUUGCGACCUCAUCAUCCAGAUGCACAGACAAUUAGAACAUUGACUCUUAUCUCAAAAACCAUUCAAACUUUGGGAAGCUGGGGGAGUCUGUCCAAAAGCAAGUCAAGUUUCAAAGAGUCAUUCAUGUGUGAGUUUUUCAAAAUGUUUCAAGAAGAAGGAUAUAUUAUAGCAGUUAAAAAGUUCUUGGAUGAAAUUUCAUCUACUGAAACUAAAGAGUCCAGUGGUACGAGUGAGCCUGUGCACCUGAAAGAAGGUGAGAUGUAUAAAAGAGCUCAGGGAAGAACUCGGAUUGGAAAAAAGAAUUUCAAGAAACGGUGGUUCUGCUUAACAAGCAGAGAGCUCACCUACCACAAACAGCCAGAGUUCAUUGAACGCAAAGAUGCAAUUUAUACAAUUCCAGUGAAAAACAUUCUUGCUGUGGAAAAACUGGAAGAGAGCUCUUUCAACAAGAAAAAUAUGUUCCAAGUAAUACAUACGGAGAAACCACUCUACGUCCAGGCAAAUAAUUGUGUAGAAGCUAAUGAAUGGAUAGAUGUGCUCUGCAGGGUGAGCCGAUGCAAUCAGAACAGGCUCAGUUCUUAUCAUCCCUCUGCGUAUCUAAACGGAAGCUGGCUCUGCUGUCAGGAGACCAGUGAAAAUGCUCACGGCUGCAAGCCAUGUACUGCAGGUGUCCCUGCAGACAUCCAAAUAGAUAUCGAUGAAGACAGAGAAACAGAAAGAAUUUAUUCCCUUUUUACUCUCAGUUUACCUAAGCUACAGAAAAUGGAAGAGGCUUGUGGAACUAUAGCAGUCUAUCAAGGACCACAGAAAGAGCCUGAUGAUUAUUCUAACUUUGUAAUCGAGGAUUCUGUAACAACCUUUAAGACAAUUCAGCAAGUAAAAAGCAUCAUAGAGAAGCUAGAUGAACCUCAUGAAAAGUAUAGGAAGAAAAGAUCAAGUAGUGCAAAAUAUGGGAGCAAGGAAAAUCCAAUUGUUGGGAAAACAUCUUAGAGUUUGGCCAAUUGAUUCAGAAGAACUGGAAAAUAUUAUUUUUGUUGGAGUUUUUCAAUUCAUCAUAUAUUUUGUUCAUAGUAUUUAAGAAUGAACAUUGGCUUCAAUGUCAUCUGUAUUCACAUUGUAUUUAAUAUUUAAUAAUUGAAAUUAACUCUUUGGGAAUCCUGGUAUUGAUGUAUUACUAGAGAAUUUGAAACCCAAGAUUCCCUUCAUAUCUUAUGUGUUAAAAGCCAUGUUUCUGCCACUUCUUUUUAAUAGAAAGAAUCUUCCUAAAGAAGCUUUGUAACAAAAGGAGAACUCCUCCAUAGCAAGAAACCAUCUCUUCUUGUAACACUGCGUGUUCUGUGGACUUCUCACUACCAUUAGUGCCUGCUCUAUACUGCCAAUAUUGUGUUUUACUAGAGAAUCCCAACCCAUGACAAUCCAGAGUUUCCAUUUCGUUCUUCCAGACCUUCCCUCUUUAAAAAAGAAAAAAGGGAUUUUCCCCUAGUCCAUUAGUCAUUGCAGAUUAUGUUAGGGACAGUGACAGAAACUUUGGAAAACUGCCAGAGCAUCCUUGGAAGUUAGUAGAUCAUUUUGCCUAUUUAAAGAUGUAAACAGAACUCAGACAGGAGGAAUCAGGGAACGUGUACUAUUUUGUGCAGCUUGUUUACAUUUGGGAGAGUGAUGGCAGAUGAAAUAAAAUGAGACCACUAAAUUUUUUUCAUUGUUUUAAAUAUCAGGUACUCAUUUUCUUGAUUUGAGAGUUCAGGUUAACAUGAUUCUAAGAACAUCUCUUCUGAAAAGGAAGAGAGUAUAGAGUGAAAGAAGGUGGUGGGAAAAUCACUUGACUUCACCAUUACUCCACAUUGUUCUAAGGGUCACCAUCAGGAUGCCCUCCUCCUGUGGGAGGUUGAGAACUAACUCAGAACAGUCACUCGGCGCACUUUAACCCUCUGGGCUGCCCAGAGUCUACUUCAGAUACCCCGUGGUGUCUAAUCUUAUGAUCAGUUGAAUGAUCAGUGUUUAAGUCUAGAAAUAGUACUUUCCUGAAAAUGUUUAUAUCUCGUUGCUGUUUCCUUAUGGCCUCCCAGCCAAAUGGAAUUUGGGCAGGCAACUGUUGGAAUCUUAUUUUUCCCUAAUAAUUUACUUUUAUCCUAAAAACCAUAACUGUAAAUAAGCAGUCGAAGCAAGUUGCCACCUUGAUGUUAAGAGGGAUAUACUUUGCUUCAUCAGUAUUAAAACCGUGGUACUCUUAUUUUGUCUUUUUAAAUUCAGAACAUUUUCUAGAUGUGGUACUUUGAACCUUGGAGUAUUUACACGUGUUUCUGUUUAAAACUGUGACUUAUUAAUGUAAGUCUAGCUAGCCAUGCUAUUUUUGUUUCCCUGAGCAUAAGCUAUAUUUCAAGACACAGUUUGCCACUUAUGUUAUUGGUGAGUAAUUGUUUUUAAAUUAUAUUUUACUAGGUAAUUAUUUUUAAAGACCAUUGACACACAAUCAGAAUUUUUCCAUAAAUGAUUAUAACUGAGCAAUGUAUUUCUCUAAAUGACUUGUAGAAAUCAGUUGGUUUUAUUUAAGAAUCAGUGCUCGUCUGCAUUAUGGUAGGUUAUUCCUGGACCAUUUUGAAGACAAGUUUGAAAGAGUCCUUUAAAUUUUAUGAAUUUUAGAUUCCAUAAACUACACUGAUUUAUAAAUGUGAAAGAAUUUAACCAUUUAAUAAAUUUCUCAUUGUUGAAUUUGA